AUGUGCUAUUUUCUGCUUUCAUUUUUUUCCAAUGAAUUUUUGAAAAGGUAUUCAAGCAUUAUGGAAGCACAUAAUCUAACCUAUGUCUCAGAAUUCCAUCUCAUUGGUUUCUCAGAGGACCCAGACCUGCAGCCCAUCCUUCUUGGACUCUUCCUGUCCAUGUACCUGGUCACAGUGCUUGGGAACCUGCUCAUCAUCCUGGCCAUCAGCUCUGACUCCCACCUCCACACCCCCAUGUACUUCUUCCUCUUCAACCUGUCUAUUGUUGACAUCUGUUUCAUCUCCACCACGGUUCCAAAGAUGAUUGUGGACAUCCUAACUCAGACCAGAGUCAUUUCCUAUGUGGGCUGCCUGACACAGAUGUCUCUUUUUAUUAUAUUUAUAUGUAUGGAUGACAUGCUCCUGACUGUGAUGGCCUAUGACCGGUUUGUGGCCAUCUGCCACCCCCUGCACUAUGGAGUCAUCAUGAAUCCUCACAUCUGUGUCUUGUUGCUUUUGCUUUCAGUCUUUGUUAGCCUUUUGGACUCCCAGCUACACAAUUUAAUUGCCUUGCAAUUUACCUGCUUCUGGGAUGUGGAAAUUGCUAAUUUCUUCUGUCAUCCUUCUCAAGUCUUUAGCCUUUCAUGUUCUGAUACUUUAAUCAAAACUGUGGUCACAUAUUUUGUUGGUGUCAUAUUUGGCUUUUUGCCCAUGUUAGGGAUCAUUUUCUCUUACUAUAAAAUUGUUUCUUCCAUUCUCAAAAUACCAUCAUCUGAUGGGAGAUACAAAGCCUUUUCUACCUGUAGUUCUCAUCUGUCAGUUGUUUGCUUAUUUUAUGGAACAGGCACUGGGACUUACAUUGGUUCAGCUGUGUCAUAUUCUCCCAGCAAAGGCAUGGUGGCUUCAUUGAUGUACACAGUGGUCACCCCUAUGCUGAAUCCAUUCAUCUACAGCCUGAGAAACAGAGACAUUAGCAACACCCUAAAGAGCCUCCACAGUUGGAUAGCUUAAUCCCAGGACAUUUGGAAUUCAUUUUGAAUGUAGGUUUGAAACUGUGGAGAAAUUAUACACCCAAAAUUCACCUAUAAAUACUGUCUCUUUUGUCACAUUAGUUUAGACACUUAGUGUUUCAUAUUAGGCUCAUAACUGAGGAGGCGCUGGUGGAAUUUAGGGUUUUUCAUAUGAGUGUAAAUUUUCAGGUG